GCGUCUGGUUCAAGUCCGGGCGUAGCUGGAGAGUCCGGCUGUGCGGCGCGUCGUGGUGACGUCAUCAGCGCGGCGCUGACUGGAUCCAGUCGCAGGAAGUCUACUGUGGCAGCUUUUUUUCCCGCUGAGGGGCGGUGUACUGCCUGUCGGUGGCAUGUUACCGGCUAUGAAAACUGUGGCGGCGGAAGAGGAGUACGCGGAGGAGGACUGUCCUGAACUGGUUCCCAUUGAGACCAACAACCAAGAAGGAGAGGAAAAUCUUGACUUCUUCAUUAAGAUUCCAGUCACAAUUAUCACCGGGUACUUAGGUGCUGGAAAGACAACACUUCUGAAUUACAUUUUGACAGAACAGCAUAAUAGAAAAAUAGCAGUUAUUUUAAAUGAAUUUGGAGAAGGAAGUGCAGUAGAGAAAUCCUUAUCUAUCAGUCAAGGAGGAGAACUCUAUGAAGAAUGGCUGGAACUUAGAAAUGGUUGCCUCUGCUGUUCAGUGAAGGACAGUGGCCUUAGAGCUAUAGAGAAUCUGAUGCAGAAGAAGGGGAAAUUUGAUUACAUACUCUUGGAGACCACUGGACUAGCAGAUCCUGGUGCAGUGGCUUCUAUGUUUUGGGUUGAUGCUGAGUUAGGGAGUGAUAUUUAUCUUGAUGGUAUCGUAACUGUUGUAGAUUCAAAGUAUGGAUUAAAACAUUUAACUGAAGAAAAACCUGAUGGCCUUGUCAAUGAAGCUACUAGGCAAGUUGCUUUGGCAGACAUGAUUCUUAUCAAUAAAACAGACUUGGUUUCAGAAGAGGAGCUAAACAAAUUAAGAACAACUAUCAGAUCAAUAAAUGGACUGGGGAAAGUUUUAGAAACUCAAAGAUCAAGAGUUCAUCUCUCAAAUAUAUUAGAUCUUCAUGCCUAUGAUAUUCUCUCUGGAAUAAGUUUACAGAAAAAACUUCAGCAUGUGCCAACAGCACCCCACCUUGAUCAGAGUAUUGUUACAGUCACAUUUGAAGUACCAGGAAGUGCAAAGGAAGAGAGUCUAAAUGUAUUUAUCCAGAAUCUCCUGUGGGAAAAGGACGUGCAGAACAAGGACGGCCACUGCAUGGAGGUCAUCCGGCUGAAGGGGCUGGUGUCCAUCAAAGACAAACCACAGCAAAUGAUUGUACAAGGCAUCCAUGAACUGUACGACCUGGAAGAGAGCCUAGUAAGCUGGAAGGACGAUGCUGAGAGAACAAAUCAGUUGGUCUUCAUUGGCAAGAAUUUGGAUAAGGAUAUUCUUAAACAGCUCUUCAUCACUGCUGUAGCAGAAACGGAGGAGCAGACAGCACCUGGCAAAGAUCAGGAUUGUCCGUCACACUAGAAGCUAUUUAUUACCAGAAGAACUGAGAAGAAAAACAAGGGUCAGUUUCCUGCCCAAUGUAUUUCAAUCCUCAAGUCUUUCAUUACCUCUCCUAGGAGUUAGGAGUAUAUUUUAUGAUAGUAUUUAUUUUAUAAAAUACAUAAGGUUUUAGUAAAUCAUUAUAAAAACAUUUGAUAUUGAUAUAAUAAAAUAUGUCCUCUGAAGGGUUUUUUUUUUUUUUUUGAGACAAGUAUUUCACAAAAAUUCCAGAAUUUUCUUGGAAGUUUAAACAUGAAUUCUGACAAGUUAUGCUUCAUUAGUGGUAAAAAUGAUGGCAAACUUUAACAUUUUCAUUUUCCCUUUAAACUUCAGAUAAUUGCAGAGAUACAAUGAUUGCAUUGAUAGUAACAAAAAUAUUAAAUGCUAUUGUAUUUUAAAAAAUGCUUAACCUUUAUUUUUAUGUUAUGUGCAUGGGUGUUUUGCCUGCAUGUGUGUCUGUGCACUAUGUGCAUCUAUUGCCUGAGGAAUCCAGAAGAGGGCAUUGGACCCUCUGGGACUGGAAGGUCCUCUGGAAGAGCGACCAGCGCUCUUAACCACUGGGCGUCUGUGCAGCCCUGUCACUAUGUUUUUAAUGGAACGAGGCUCUCGUGUUCCUAAAGACCUAAAGAGGAAGAAAUCUGAGUCAAAGAAAUUAAACUGUUUCUUACAAUCCGUGCCAAACCUUACUGAUAGUGUAAUGAUAGCUCUGCUCUUUGUUCUGUAUUAUGCUUAGAAGAUUAUCAUUGUGGAAUGUUAAACGGUAGUUUUAUUGCUGGCAUUAAAUUCAUCUUGCCUAUUUUGAA